AAAUUAAACUAUUUUUCAGUCAUCUUCUACAUCACUGUUUUCAAGCUUUAAUGGAUCAUGGUGCUCAUACAUCUGAGCAUUUAGCAGAUGCUUAUUAUCAACAUUGCUUAACUGUUAAGCAUUCUUCAGUUCAAGUGAAAGAUAGGACAAUUCAACUUGGUCUUUCUCUAGGUAGUAUUUUGAGUGAUGCAGGUUGGUUUCUUGAUGCUGAAAAAAUAAUGAAAUCAUGUAUGGAAAUCUGUAAACAGUUGAAAGAUCCUCCUCAUCUAAAUAUAUUGUUGGAAUGUUGCAUUAGGCUAUUGCAUGUUCAGAAUGCUUAUUGUAAAUUUAAAGAAGCUGAAGAAACAUUUCAAGAAGCUCAGAAAUAUAUAGAACAGUUGAAAUCAAUUGGUUAUCCUGUAAAUUUGGCUGGACAUUAUGCUGUAUUUUCUUCUUUAUAUUUUAGUCAAAGUCAUUAUAAUGAAGUGAGUACUGUACCUUCUAUUUAGAAUCAAAGUAAUUAUUAAGCAAAAUUAAUAAUAAUUUUCAUGAUAGGUAAACUGAAAAUUUGACUACUAAAAUUAAAUAUUCUUACAGAUUUAUAAGAAUUUUUAUGUAAUAAUUUAAAUAAUCUUUUUAUCCUUUUUUCAUGCUAUUAGGCUCACCAUAACAAUAAUGUACAAUCAUAAUCAGUUGUCAUUAACAGUCUUAACCAGUGCCUUUUAAACAUUAAAUGUUGUUCAUUUUAGUUCUUUGCCUGCAAUACAAUAGUUUAAGUUGCUGGCAUUAUUUUAAUUGUGAU